AUGUCGUCCACGGCGGUCGCUGCUUCUUCCAGGAGGCAGUCGUGUUAUUUGUGCGACCUGCCCCGCAUGCCCUGGGCCAUGAUUUGGGAUUUUACCGAACCCGUGUGCAGGGGAUGUGUCAACUACGAGGGAGCGGACCGCAUCGAGUUUGUCAUCGAGACCGCCCGCCAGCUGAAGCGGGCUCACGGCUUCCAGGAGGGCAGGUCUCCCGGGCCCGUCAAGUCGCAGCUCUCCGGGAAGGAGAUCCAGGCGAUCAACCACGCCGCGGCGGGAGACCCCGGCUCGCGGCCACCGCAGCCCUUGGAUCGCUACCCGCUCUCCACCGACCGCCCCCCGAGGCUGGGCUCCGAGUACGCGUCCGGACGUCAGGCGAACGGCAUCCCCGUGCCCAAUGGAUUUCCUAAGCCCGACGAGCCGCCGGAGCUCAACCGCCAGAGUCCCAACCCGCGCCGGAACAGCGCGGUGCCCCCCAACCUCGUGCCUUUGGUGAACGGGAGCAUGGCCCCCGUGCACGCCGUCAACGGUAGACCGGGACAGAUGGGGCUUCCCUCCGCCCUAGCGGCCGGUAGUCCAGCCGAGCUGGGCAAGAGACCGGCUUCGGUGUCCAGCAGCGAGCACGACCGCGACGGCAAGGAGAAGCACAGAGCGGACAGUCUGACGCCGGAGAUCGCGGAGGCUCACAAAGGCAGAGCGGAGCCCGACUGGAUGGGCAAGGGCAAGACUGUGCGGGAUCUCAUGGCUCUGCACACGUUCGACAGCCGCUUCAAGAAGGACCAUGCGGCCAUGCAACAAAGGGUGAUGAGCUACGACGGCAGCGCCUCGGCUUCCAAGUCAGAGAGAGGAAAGCACCCCCGCAGCAGUAUGAAGAGAAAAGCCUCCCCCGAACCGGAGGGCGAAGGCACGGCCGCCAAGCUCAACGGCGAAGCCCAGCAGUGGUUACCGCCGCCUUCCGACGGACUCAAAAUGCCACCGGUGCCCCCUCCGAGCUUCGCCUCACCCCCUUCCACGAUAUCCCCCCACUCCCGCACCACCCCGCCGGAGGCAGCUCAGAACGGCCAGUCCCCCAUGGCGGCGCUCAUCAUGGCGGCAGACAACGCGGGCGGGAACAGUUCUCCCAAGGAUGCCAACCAAGUCCACUCCACCACACGCAGGAACAGCAGCAGUCCCCUGUCGCCCUCCUCCAUGAGUCAGAGGAGGCUGGCGCAGAGAGAUGCAUCAGGCGCAGGUACCCCUCACGUGCCGGGCAUGGACCAAGUGCACCCCCAAAGCAUUCCGGACACCUCGGUACCAGGCAGCAUACCCCUGUGCUGCACGCUGUGCCACGAGCGUUUAGAGGACACCCACUUUGUUCAGUGCCCGUCUGUGCCCUCUCACAAGUUCUGCUUCCCCUGCUCGAGGGAGAGCAUAAAACAGCAAGGUGCCACGGGUGAAGUGUAUUGUCCCAGCGGGGAGAAGUGUCCCCUGGUGGGCUCCAACGUACCCUGGGCUUUCAUGCAGGGGGAAAUCGCCACCAUCCUGGCGGGGGACGUCAAAGUAAAAAAGGAGAGGGACCCUUGAU